AUGGAAAACAAAUUUGCUUGGACCCCAAGAUUAAAUGGAUCCAGGAGUACCUGGAGAAAGCUUUGA